AAGUGAUAAUCGACACAGAAGUAUAUGUUCAAUUGCUCAUUGCCCUUCUUGUCAAAUUUUGAGCAACAUUUUUCAACAAAGAGGUGGUCGUCAAAGUACACGAGGGACAAUUAAAUUAUUUUUGACGGCAAACAGUACCUUGUAAAGGUCUUAGCUAAAGUUGUUUACAGUGACGAAAACAAACCUGAAAGAAAACCAGCAAAAGAUUACGAAACGUUGCUCACAGAAAACUGAAAUUCUUUGGAAAACUACUCUUUUAAGUGCUUUUAAAGUACACACAAAGGAACCACAGUAACGAAGAAUACACAAGCUGUUAAUCGAUUGAGAUUGAAAGUUAGGUUGUGGAGAUGGCAACCAAGGACUCAGUGACCAACACUACUUUGCAGAGUUCGAUUGCCUUUCUUCAAAUUCAGAAAAAUGCCAACUUGAAGAGGUCCACGUCAAUGAACGAAGAUGUAUUUAGGAUUUUUCGUCAGACCGGUCGACGCAUUACUUUGAUUAAGCAACAAGUGGAGAGGGAAAGAUGCACAUUCUUAAAAGACUCGUACACGGAGAAAAAUCAACUUUAUAAAGAGCUGGCGGGUAUUUUUCAUUCCAAGAAAGCAACUAACAGCCAACUAAGUACAGAGGUGCUCGCUGCUGCGCCUCCACAAGUGGUAAAGUCACGAGCUGGCCCGGCAGACAAAGCAAAAGAGGCUGGUCAUUGCAGCGCCCACAAGUCGCCAAAGGUGGAACUGCGUCCCAUCAACGUCAACGUCUUGAAAAGAUGCGAAUGUUGUCGACGAAGGGCAUUUCGAAAAGUCGAGGACGACGAUGAUGAUGACGAUGUAUUUGAUGAAGAAGCGUUUCAGUGCGAGAGCCAGGCUCCGGACGACAAGUCAAAUGAUAAAACUAAGCCCAAAGCUACCAGAAAGAUAAGCAGAGCUUCGAAGUCGCCAAGCAACAGUACAAAGGGAAAAAAAGAACGCGGCACAAGUCAACAAAAACUGACUAAACUAGUUCAAUUUAGUCGAUAUGACGAUAUUAGAAUACCUGCCACUCAGAGAGUGCAGGCGGGAAUAUGGACUUUGAAAAAACAGAAUGGUCGACCUCGUGAUCAAGAGAAACAAAGUAAGUCAGUUAAUUUUCAAGCUAAUAACUUGCCUACAAGCCCGUGUCGUGAGGUCAAGGUUAAGUCUGAGACUCCAGGUCUGACUGCAGUUGGAGGACCGACGGUCAAAUCCAGGGCAAGUAUAAAAAUCGAAAGCCACAGUAACAAAAACGACAAAGUACGCUUGGAUAGCAAUGCCUGGGCAUCCCACUUGCAGAGCAUUCAAGAGAAGAAAAUAAAUAAUAACAACACGCUAACUGGCUUGUCAAAGGCUUACUGUGCAUUUAAAAAAAUGCUGAACAAAAUGGAGGAAGAGUACGGGGCGGAACAAAUACAAGAAGAAGAACUGAGAGCUGAGAGUCGCGCUGAGUUGCCAGCCAUUAGUCGCCCAGUUUCGAACGUGUCUAGGAGUGAUUCUAGAUGGGUACCUUUACGUCGAAGUUCAGACACACUCUCCAUUCGUCUGAAUUCCUGGACAAUUGGAAGUCUCGAGCCUACUUCUAUGGACAGCCUCAGUGAAAACAGCAAAGAAGAAGAAGAGGCGUUGAACCUAGACAAUGAGCAAGGUGAGAAAGAUGGAGAUUCCCUACAUGAAGCGUACAUUUUAGACAAGAGUUCUCUGCCAGACAUUUUACAGAAUCAAAGAAACACUUCAAAAUGAAAUUCAGAAUGUUCCACUAUCAUUAAGAUCCAUUGUAAAUAUUUAUUUUAGAAUAAUAAACAAAAAAUCUACACUGUGUCAAUAUGUCGUCAGUCUAUUCGCACUGCCGUUCGCACCGUCACCUCCACAGACAAAGAGUUUCCUUUUCUUUUUAAUUAUAAUGAUGAUUCUUUUUUUAUAAGAUUAAAGCAGUAAAAAUGAGAAAUUUUCAUGAUACGAUGUAUUUGGAAG